GGGUCCGUGCACGCGAAAAUAGGAGACCUCCAACUUACCUGACAGCACUGCAAGCAAGAAGAAGGGAUUACACGAGCGGGGCGUUUCGUAACAAAUUUCGAGAGAGUACUCACACCCGAGAACAUUCGCCAUUUGUCUGGUGGAUGUUAUGUGAAUAUGUUCUGACGACUUACAAGCGCUGGUUCGCUUGAUGAAGAUGUUUUCUGUGAAAAGAGCGCGAAUUAAAUUUGAAGGGGUGAUGAAAACAAACUGCUUUUCGACACAGUUUCUCAGGAUAUGUAUUUUGUGGCUGGUGAUAGAUUGUGCUGCUGGUCAGUGCAACUGCACCGGAGCGACGUGUGACACGACUUGUACUGCUGGUCAGUACCUGGAGAAUGGACAAUGCCUGGAAUGUCCCAUGGGACACUACUGUACCGGGAACACUGACUACAAGGUGGCCUGUGGAGCAGGUAAAUACAGGGGUACAACAGGAGCCACAACACCCACGGACUGCCAGAACUGUGCUUCUGGAGAAAUCAGCGGUGCUGGAGCAUCGGCCUGCACACCAUGUCCUGCAGGCAAGACUUGCAGCGGUGGUGCCAUCACUGGUGACUGUCCGUCUGGGCAGUACGCCCUUGAAGGGGAUGGUACCUGCAAGACUUGUCCUACUGGAAGUAUCUGCCCGACAGUCACCGGUCCGCCGCAGAGCUGUGCCGAGGGAACUGAACCUGAUAGUGCCAAGACAUCAUGCCAAGACUGCACGUCAGGAAACUACAAAGGGGCGUCAGAUUCAUCCUGCAAGACUUGCCCUAAAGGCAGCAAAUGUCCUAGUGCGAAACUGUCUGCACCCAUCACCUGCCCAUCGGGAGAAUACCAGACGGCCACUGGUCGGACUUCCUGUAUCGACUGCCCAGCAGGAAGUGAAUGCUCGGACACAACAAGGGCUACUCAGUGUCCGGCUGGCCAGUAUGCUCCAGCCAAGUCCACGGCCUGCACUUCCUGUCCGAUUGGUAAAUACAGCAGCUCUGCAGGGUCAUCGUCUUGUACGGCAUGUGUUGCGGGUGAGGACUGUGACAAGCGGAAUGCUGCGCCGUCACAGUGCGCUGCUGGAACAUACAACCCGGGGGGGAAUGAUGGAUGUCUGACUUGUAGUGAAGGGACCUACAGCCUGGCUGGGGCUGAUAGUUGCACAUCAUGUGACCCUGGCUAUGACUGUGUUAGUCGCAGCUCCGCCCCGACCCAGUGUGGGAUAGGAACCUUCAACCCUGGCGGGAAUGCUGGGUGCCUGACGUGUGGGGAAGGUACCUACAGUCUAGCUGGAGCAAGCACCUGCAUCUCAUGUGACCCAGGCUAUGAUUGUCUGAAUCGUAACUCUGCCCCCUCCCAAUGUGCAGCAGGGACCUAUAACACUGGUGGCAACACUGGAUGUCUCACAUGUCCUGAAGGUACAUACAGUGUAGCAGGGGCAAGUUCAUGUACUUCCUGUGUGGCUGGUGAGGACUGUGUCAACAGAAACUCCGCCCCGUCCACCUGUGCAGCAGGGACCUACAAUCCCGGGGGUAGCCCUGGCUGUUUAGCAUGUAGUGAAGGUACCUACAGUUUAGCAGGAGCAGGGUCGUGUAUAUCAUGUGACCCAGGCUACGACUGUGCCGUCCGUAACACUGCCCCCUCCAUGUGUGCAGCAGGAACUUUCAACCCCGGGGGCAAUCCUGGCUGUCUCACCUGCCCAGAAGGUUACUAUAGCAACACAGGAGCCAAUAACUGUACCGUCUGCCCUCCUGGCAAGGACUGCAGCAAUCCUGCAGCAACACCUUCAGAUUGUCCUGCUGGGACGUACAGCAGGGAGGGGGAUGCAGCGUGUACAAACUGUGGAGCAGGAAACUACAGCGACACUGGAUCCAGUUCCUGUUCUCCAUGCCCUGAAGGCAAGGACUGCACCAAUUCAGCUCUUCCCUUGGCGUCUCUGCCAGAUUGUCCAGCGGGAACAUACAGCCGACAAGGCGACAUGGGAUGCUUCAACUGUGACUCUGGACACUUCAGUGUGGCUGGAGCUGCUGUGUGUACUGUCUGUCCUGCUGGGAAGAACUGUAGCAGUGCUGUUGGGUCAGCCCCUGUUGAUUGUGCUGAAGGUUACUUUAGUAAUGAAGGAGAUGUGACCUGUUCACCCUGUGAGGCUGGAUACUAUAGUUCUGCAGGGUCUGGAAGCUGUAGCAUCUGUGCUGGUGGUCAGGGUUGUACUGGUAACACUGUGGUUACCUGUACAGCAGGAACCUACAGCAAGGAGGGUGAACCUACCUGUAAAACUUGCCUGUCCGGGUAUUACAGCAAGGCUGCAGCAGCCCAGUGCACAAUAUGUCCAGCAGGAAAUGAUUGCUCUAACCCAGCUGUCUCAGGAAUCAGUCCACCAGAUUGUCCAGCAGGUACAUUCAGUCGAGAGGGCGAUUCGGGAUGUACAUCAUGUCCAACAAGUGACUACAGCACUCCAGGAUCUAGUUCUUGCACAGUUUGUCCAGCAGGAAAAAGCUGCUCAGGAAACACACUUGCCAACUGUGAUGCAGGAACCUAUAGCAAGGAAGGAGAACUAAAUUGCACAGCUUGUUUACUGGGAUAUUACAGCAAGGCUGCAGCAGCCCAGUGCACAAUAUGUCCAGCAGGAAACGAUUGCUCUAACCCAGCUGUCCUAGGACUUAAUCCACCAGAUUGUCCAGCAGGUACAUUCAGCCAAGAAGGAGAUGCAGGCUGCACAUCGUGUGGACCAAGUCACUAUAGCUCAGCAGGCUCUAGCAUCUGUAUCAUCUGCCCAGCUGGUCAAAGUUGUAGUGGAACUGUGGUGACUGAUUGUGUGGCAGGGACAUAUAGCAAGGAAGGGGAGUCCAACUGUACCACUUGCCUGUCCGGGUAUUACAGCAAGACUGCAGCAACCCAGUGCACAAUAUGUCCAGCAGGAAAUGAUUGCUCUAACCCAGCUGUCUCAGGAAUAAAUCCGCCAGAUUGUCCAGCAGGUACAUUUAGUCGAGAGGGCGAUUCGGGAUGUACAUCAUGUCCAACAAGUGACUACAGCACUCCAGGAUCUAGUUCUUGCACAGUUUGUCCAGCAGGAAAAAGCUGCUCAGGAAACACACUUGCCAACUGUGAUGCAGGAACCUAUAGCAAGGAAGGAGAACUAAAUUGCACAGCUUGUUUACUGGGAUAUUACAGCAAGGCUGCAGCAGCCCAGUGCACAAUAUGUCCAGCAGGAAACGAUUGCUCUAACCCAGCUGUCCUAGGACUUAAUCCACCAGAUUGUCCAGCAGGUACAUUCAGCCAAGAAGGAGAUGCAGGCUGCACAUCGUGUGGACCAAGUCACUAUAGCUCAGCAGGCUCUAGCAUCUGUAUCAUCUGCCCAGCUGGUCAAAGUUGUAGUGGAACUGUGGUGACUGAUUGUGUGGCCGGAACAUAUAGCAAGGAAGGGGAGUCCAACUGUACCACUUGCCUGUCCGGGUAUUACAGCAAGGCUGCAGCAACCCAGUGCACAAUAUGUCCAGCAGGAAAUGAUUGCUCUAACCCAGCUGUCUCAGGAAUUAAUCCACCUGGCUGUUUGGCAGGUACAUUCAGUGAGGAAGGGGAUGCAGGCUGUACUUCAUGUUCAUCAGGAUAUUACAGUGCUGCUGGUGCCUCUUCUUGCACCAUCUGUCCAGCUGGCCAAAGCUGUGUUGGAAACACACUCUCAAAUUGCCCAGCGGGAAAACACAGCCAAGAAGGAGAAUCAUCAUGCAGGAACUGCCUCUCAGGCUACUACAGCAGAGCUGCUGCUGGUUUGUGUACAAUAUGUCCAGCGGGUAAAGAUUGUUCUAACCAAGCAGUGACAGGAGCAGGUCCACCAGACUGUCCUGAAGGAAGCUACAGCAAAGAAGGAGAUGCCAGCUGCUCAUCUUGUGGUGCAGACUCCUUCAGCCAAGCAGGAUCAGAAAAUUGUACCCUGUGCCCAGCAGGGAAAGCUUGCAGUGGAGGAUCAGAAAGUGACUGUCAGGCCGGAACAUAUAGCCAGGAGGGAGAAACAGUAUGUAAGCCAUGUCAGUCUGGGUACUACAGCACAGUUGCCUCAUCCAGCUGCAUCAUCUGCCCUGCGGGUCGGAACUGCAGCAAUCCAGCAGUUCUGUCACAGCCUCCAGCUUGUCCAGCAGGAACAUACAGCAGGGAAGGAGAUAAUGGAUGUAAUACCUGUCAAGCUGGUUACCAUAGUGAUGCUGAAGCCUCUGUUUGUAUCAUAUGCCCUGAAGGUAGAGACUGUUCAGAUCCAGCCAUGGCAACAGUUGCCUUGCCAACGUGUGCUGCAGGAACAUUUAGUCGAGAAGGGGAAGCUGCCUGCCAGCCUUGUGCGCCUGGCUAUUACAGCACGGCAGGUGCUGGGACUUGUGUCAUAUGUCCCGCAGGCAGCAACUGCACUGACAUCAACUCCAUCACAACAGCUCCACCAGACUGUGAUGCAGGCUACUACAGCAAAGAGGGAGAUUCAGGAUGUACAAACUGUCCUGCAGGUCACUAUGCCAGCAGCCCGGGGGCGUCAGCCUGUACGGAGUGUGCAGCGGGGUCGUACUGCACCUCGACUGCACAGACUGCAUGUGACAAGGGCAAGUACAGUGCUACAGGUGGCGCCACUGCUUGUCAAACCUGCGCUGUCGGCCUUUACCAAACUUCAACAGGACAAACAUCAUGCACAGACUGCCCAACUGGUAACAAGUGUGUGGACCCAACCGUGGCACCAGAGCCAUGCCAGCAAGGACAAUACCAGGACACAACUGGCUCAAACUCUUGCAAAAAUUGCCCCACUGGCUACCACAACACUGCCACAGGCCAGACCAAGUGCACCAUCUGUCCAGCAGGCUACAAGUGUCCAGACUCCACCGUCAGCCCUGUUACGUGCAGUAACGGAGAGUUUUCGAAUGAAGGGUCGACCGCGUGUCAAUCCUGUCCCCCAGGUCAAGUGUGUGGAGGGACUGGAACACCCACAUCGUGUCAGUCCGGACAGUAUGUUGGUGCCUCUGGGUGUGAGGACUGCCCUGCCGGGUCAGCCUGUCCCUCGCCCAUCACCCCACCACAGGCCUGCCCCUCAGGGACCUACCAGGACGCCAUUAAACAGACCAGCUGCAACACCUGCCCUGAGGGCAAGUCCUGUGUGGAUGUUGCCACCACCCCUGUCGACUGUACUGCUGGAUUCUUCAGCGCAGCUGGGGAGGGAACGUGCACGAGAUGUCCAGAAGGAUACUACAGCGCUGCUGUUGCUGGCUCGUGUAGCGCCUGCCCAGCAGGACAGAUGUGUUUCGAUGGCACCAACUUCAUCACCCCUGUCAACUGUGACCCUGGGGAGUACAGUCGUCUUGCAGAGGCCACGUGCAAAAACUGUGAUGCAGGCACGUACAGCACUGGCGGAUCCUCAGGCUGUUCCUUGUGCCCUGCUGGCAAAUCGUGUUCAGAUCCUAGCCUAACACCAGCUGAUUGUGCCACUGGAUACUACAGUCUGGAGGGCAAGGUGGAGAGCUGCACCAUCUGUCCCGCUGGCCAUGAGUGUGCCAGCAAGUCCGACCCCCCCAUGCUUUGUGCCAUUGGUCAGUAUGCCACCCAGGGCCUGACUGCCUGUCUGGACUGCCCCACUGGUCAGUCCUGCUUGGACCCUGCUGGAGCCCCCAUAAACUGUGUAACUGGCUACUACAGUCCUGCUGGAACAAGCACCUGUCUGCCCUGCUCAGCUGGAUAUGGCUGUGACUCCUCCAAGGAUGUCCUGGAUGCUUGCACCACUGGCUUCUACAGCACAGGGUCCAUGGCCUGUCAGGAAUGUCCAGCAGGGUCCAUGUGCCCCAUGCCAUCAAUUGGACCAAUCGCUUGCCGAAAAGGAUCUUACGCUCUCGCUGGAUCGACAACAUGUACUACCUGUCCAGCUGGUAGCAAGUGUCCUACUACAAACGCUGCCCCUGUGCCAUGUGUGGGUGGGGAAUACAGUCUGAGUAGCUCGGAUGCCUGCACCAAGUGUCCUGCCGGCUAUUCCUGUCCAGCCGGGGCAGGUUCUCCCACAGCCUGUGUGUCUGGAACUUACGCAGUCACAGGCCAGGCAGCAUGUCAAGGUUGUCCAGUUGGGUCAGCUUGUCCAUCAACUACAACAGCAAGCAACCAGUACACGUGUCCUUCUGGAACCUAUUCUCUGGGUAACCAGUCUAGCUGCACAGUGUGCACAGCAGGAUUCUUCUGUCCCGACACCAGUAGCGACACGAGCACCGCCUGCCCCGCGGGCUUCUAUGCCCUCAGUGGUUCUCCUUCCUGCAACCCAUGCGAGGCAGGCUGGCAGUGCCCCACUGCUGAUGCUACCACCAGAGUAAGAUGCACACAGGGAUAUUUCUCAGUAGGAAACGCUACAGCAUGCACAGAGUGUCCCGUCGGUAAAGCUUGUCCAGCCACUGACACCGACCAGUUUGUCACCUGCGGACCUGGGUCAUACUCUAUUGGUAAACAGACUGCAUGCACAUCAUGUCCUGCUGGGUAUGAAUGCCCCAAUACUGACGCUGACACCAAGGUCAAAUGUCAGGAUGGAACGUACAGCGAGGGAGGAAGAGAUGCAUGUGUGGAUUGCGAAGCCGGCUACAUGUGCCCCACCAUCUACGACAGCUACAAGAUUGCCUGUGCUCCAGGAACGUUCGCUGAAGCUAAGAAGAUCGAGUGCACAGCUUGUCCUGCAGGAGAGGAGUGUCCAGAUACCACAGCUCCGGGGACUGCAUGUGUAGAUGGUUACUACAGUUUAGGAAGCCAGCCAUCCUGCACUGUUUGUCCAGCAGGAUUCCAGUGUUCCAACAAAGGCAUUAAACCAGCUAUAUGUCCAGAGGGUCAGUACAGCCCAGAGAAGUCCAUAGCUUGUAGUAACUGCAAAGCAGGAUAUGCUUGUCCUGAAGGUAGUACUCAGGAAGAUCCCCCAAGUGCCAAAUGUAGGCUAGGAUACUACUGUGUUGAUGGAAAGGAAGAACUGCCAUGUGCUAAAGGAAAAUAUGGAGAUGCUUUUGGGUACACUUCUGACACAGACUGUAAACCGUGUCCUCAAGGGUACUAUUGCCCAGAGGGAACUGCAGGACUGCCAUCAUCAAGUCUGAUUUGUCCAAAGGGACACUAUUGCGGUCCUGAAACUGGAGACUAUAAGGAAUUCCCUUGUCCUGCUGGACAAUACUCCAAUAAUCUUGGUAAUGUACAACAAAGCGAGUGCUCUACUUGCCCAGAGGGUCGUUUUUGUCCAGAGGGCACAACAGAUCCAUGGUUUGAUGCCAAUGUCUGCCCAAGGGGGUCCUACUGCCCAUCAGGGACAGGCUCACCUAAUGCAUGUCCAUCUGGGAAGUACACUGCUGAAACAGGCUCCACUGGUUUGGAGUUUUGUAGACAAUGCCCUGCUGGCCACUACUGUGCUGCCGGAACACCAACACCAACUCAGUGUGCACCAGGAACCUUCAACCCGGAUCCUGAACAAGGCGAUAUCAUUAGCUGCAAGGCUUGUACCUCUGGACAGGCAUGUACAGAGUACGGUCUUACUGAACCCAACUCACGAUGCUCUCCUGGCUACUACUGUCCCGGAGGCAAUCACCGUGCCAACCAAUCUGAAUACGCAUGUCCCGCAGGAACGUUCACCAACAAUAACAACCUGACUGCUAUAGAACAGUGUGAGAAAUGUCGUGAAACCGUGGCCUGUCUCAUCGGGACUGGAGGAGUUCAGAAACCUCCUGUUGCAUGUGCUAAAGGUCACUACUGUAAAGAAGGAACUGGAGCUCCGACCCAGUGGCCAUGUGCUGCUGGCACCUGGACCAACUUGACCAACUUAGCUAACCAGGAGGGAUGUUCCCCCUGCCCCAAGGGAUACUACUGUCUACAAGGCUCUGCGGCUCCUACAGGCCUCUGCUCCAAGGGACACUGGUGUCCUGAACGCACAGAAUAUGGGGACCAGCACCCCUGCCAUGCCGGCUCCUACAGUAACAACACCGGCAACAUCAGGUGGGAGCAGUGUGUGGACUGCCCCGAAGGCAACUACUGUCCACAGGCCUCCGUACUGCCAACUUCAUGCCCAGCUGGGUCAUUCCGUGAAGACAAGAAGGGAGAGAAGCUAACAGACUGUGGAGACUGUACAGCUGGUUACUAUUGUCCCGGAUUGGGGAACAUCGAGCCGCUUCCUUGUGAGAAGGGAAAUUACUCAGCCAGCGGUGCCGACUCCUGCACUACAUGUAUGGCAGGGUACUACUGUGACCAGAACGCAACCAGCCUUGCCUUCAUGACCACAGAGAGGAUCUGCCCCGCUGGAGUGGAGUGUCCACCAGGGAUGUCCAAGCAGCCGGAUCUGAUCGUCGACAAAUGCAGGACUGGUCACUACUGUCCAGCAGGAGAUGUCAACCCCUACCCUGUCCCGUGUCCGAAUGGCACCUACAAUCCUGAUUUUGGACGUAAACAAGUGUCUGACUGUGUUCAAUGUACACCUGGGUCGUACUGUAUUCCUGAAGGGUUAUCAGCUCCUGCAGGAGAUUGUCCUGGUGGUUACUACUGUCCAUUAGGAACAGGUCCUCCUGAAUCUUACCCCUGCCCAAUAGGAUUCUACAGAAAUGGGUCAGCCAGAGAGUCGUUCCAGGACUGUACAGAAUGUAUCUCAGGUUUCUAUUGUGACAGGGAAGGUCUGGCAACACCAAUAAGCUGUCCACGAGGAUUCUUCUGCGUCAGUGGAAGCACAUUCCCUCAACCCUGUCCACUAGGUACAUAUGGAAAUUCCACAGAGCUGAGAAGAAGCACGGACUGCACCCCCUGUCCAGGAGGCUACUAUUGUGAUGGCAUCGGUAGAGUGGAACCAACUGAUGUGUGUGAUGCUGGCUUCUACUGCAGAGAAAAAGCUUACACCUCUGCCCCUCCUGAUGGACCUACAGGAGGUGUGUGUCCAGCAGGAGGAUACUGCCCACCUGGAACUGCCUAUCCUGCAUCCUGUCCAGUGGGUAAAUACAGCAAAUCUCCCGGGGCGAAGACCGAGUUUGAUUGUAUACCAUGUGACCCUGGGUUUUACUGUGCAGGCUCCAGUAGUACUGAUGCCUCCCAGAAGUGUGCUGCUGGCUACUACUGCACUGGUGGUUCUGGAAUUGCAACUCAGUUCGACACCCCAGCUGGACAUUACUCCACAGCAGGAGCCUUCAAACCUGAACCAUGUCCAAAGGGUAGCUACCAGAGAGCCAGCCGAUCUGGAGAAUGUGACCUCUGUGCUCAAGGCUACUACUGCAAUGGAACAGGAACGAUUGAACCCAUCCUGUGUCCAAAGGGCUAUUACUGCCCCGAAGGAACAGACUUCCCCAAUCCAUGUCCAAGGGGCACCUUCCUGCCAGACGUAGGCCGAUACCAGGAAGAUCACUGUAACCCAUGCACUCAAGGUGAAGCAUGUGAAUAUGUUGGCCUGGCAGAUCCAAACAUCAAAUGUAUGCCAGGCCACUAUUGUACCCUGGGAUCAAAUAUAUCCACCCCAAUCGGCCUACCAUUUGGAGAUCUGUGUCCACCCGGAUACUUCUGUCCUGAGGGAACAUCAGAGUAUGUGCACAGCCCAUGUCCUAAUGGAACUUACACCAACUAUACAGGGCUCCAGGCAGAGGAGAACUGCACCCUGUGUGACCCUGGCAGAGUCUGCAAUGGCUAUGGUCUCACUGAACCUAAUGGGGUGUGUGCUCCUGGGUACUUCUGCAGGGGUGGAGCUGGCACAGACAAGCCCAGUGAUGGUGGUGCUACAGGGGACCCUUGUCCUAAGGGGAACUACUGCCCAGAAGGAACAGGUGAACCCCUACCCUGCCGCCCGGGGUCCUUCAACAACGUGACAGGGAGAGACACCUGUAUGGACUGCCCGGCCAGCUUCUUCUGCUCAGACGGUGAGAUCCCACUCCGAUGUCCGCCCGGAAGGUACUGCCCAGGAAACACCACCACUGACCAACCUAAGUGUCCCAGAGGAACCUACAACCCAGACUUCGAAAUGGCACAUGUGGAUGACUGUCGACCAUGCAAAGGAGGCUACUUCUGUGAUGCCCUUGGAGCUAAGAACUUUGACUUCAGUGAGAAUGACACAGGCACUGGACCAUGUGCAGCUGGAUACUUCUGCAAACAAGGUGUGAAUGUAAGCACUCCAACUGAUGCAACGACCACUGGCAUUGGAGGGCCAUGUCCUACUGGUUUCUACUGCCCAGAACAGACGGAGGAUCCCAUUGCUUGCCCCAACGGCACCUACAGAGACGCCAUCAUGGGCACCAACCCCACCGACUGCCUGGACUGCAAACUGGGACAGUACUGUGGCUCAACAAACUUGUCCGACUCCUCGGGGCCUUGUUGGCCAGGCUUCUACUGCUAUCGAGGAAACAAUGUUCCAAAUCCUACAGGAGCUGAACCCGAGAAAGGAGGACCGUGCCCUGUGAGCCACUACUGUCCUCCUGGAACAUCCUACCCCUUGGAGUGUCCAGCCGGAACGUACAACAAUGUCACGGGAAGGGAUGUCUGCUUCCAGUGUCCACCGAGCUACUUCUGUCCAGAGAAUAUCACCAACUACGCGCUGUACCCAUGCCCUCAGGGACACUACUGUCCAAAUGGUACAGCGUUCUCCACCCAGUUCCCGUGUCCUAGGGGCUACUUCAGGAACAGCUCCAUGGGACAGUCACAAGAAGACUGUGUGCUGUGUCCUGGGGGGCAGUACUGUGGCACUGAGGGCCUUGCCUACCCGUCAGGUCUUUGUGAUGAAGGGUACUUCUGUGUGCUGGGAGCUUGGUCCAACAGGCCUACCGACUACAACAACUACACCUUCGACGACUGCCUGUGUCCAAGCAAUGCGACUGGAGGGCAGUGUAGGCCAGGAUACUACUGUCCAACCGGCUCUCAGGAACCCACCAUCUGCAGGGAGGGACAAUACUGUACCACACCAGGUCUUGCUGAUGUGACGGGACCAUGUAGAGCAGGCUACUUCUGCGCCGAGGGAGCCACUCGAGACGACCCCACGGAUGGUGUUACGGGAGAUAUCUGUCCAACAGGGCGAUAUUGUGGAACAGGAACAACGACUGACCAGGAGAAGUGUCCUCUGGGAACCUACUCCAACCGGACCGGCAACCAGGCUGCUAGUGACUGCACUCCCUGUACUGAAGGAAUGUAUUGUGGAAGCCUCGGUCUCACAGAACCUACAGGGCCAUGUGACGAAGGGUACUUCUGUCCCCCCGGCCAAAACCUGAGUAACCCGUUCCCCUGCACCACCGGUCACUACUGUCCCCCUGGCAGCGUCCAGCCAACAAACUGCCCCUCUGGGACCUACCAGGACAGCACUGGGCAGGGAAGCUGCAAGGAAUGCGUGGCAGGCUACUACUGUGAUGCUCCCAUGGCACAAACAGAAGCUGGGGAAUGUGAGCAGGGAUAUUACUGUACAGAAGGUGCCAGCUCUCCUACCCCAGAAACAAAUGCCACAGGCCUGUCAGGACCCUGCCCAGAAGGACACUUCUGUCCAGCGAAGACGGUCACUCCUCAGAAAUGUCCCCUUGGAACCUUUAAUCCAAACCAGAAGGCUGUAGAUGUUACAAGCUGUGUUCAGUGUACGUAUGGACAGUACUGUGGGGAGGAGGGUCUUGGAGCACCAUCAGGACCAUGUGAUGAGGGAUUCUUCUGUCUGGAAGGAGCAAAAAACGCCAACAACCCAACUCUGAACUCCUCAGGAGGACCUUGCCCUAUUGGACACUACUGCCCAAAUGGAACCUCCUAUCCUCUUGGGUGUAAUCCAGGAACAUAUAGUCCAUCUACAGGUCUAGCACAGUGUCUGAUUUGUCCAGCAGGAUACCACUGUCCAGAGAAUUCAACUGACUUUUCAGGCACAGAAUGCCCAACUGGACACUAUUGUCCAGAAGGAACGAAGGACCCCUACGAGCACCCAUGUGAGCGAGGGACAUACAACAACUACACCCGGAAGCAGAGUGCGUCUGACUGUAUGACAUGUGAGCCAGGCCACUACUGCGGAAGUCCAGGUCUGACCGUCCCGACAGAUCUGUGUUCUGAAGGCUGGUACUGUGUAAGGGGAGCCUGGACAUCUAAACCCACAGAGAUAGGGAACUACACGGCCAACGACACGUCCUGCACCUGCCCAGCAGACAUCACUGGCGGACAGUGUCAGCCUGGCUACUAUUGUCCCCAAGGAUCCAGUGAACCUCUACCAUGUAAACCAGGUUAUUACUGCGAGACUCCUGGCCUGGCAGAUGCAACAGCACCAUGUACAGCAGGGUAUUACUGCACCCUGGGGGCCAUCCGCCCUGACCCACAGGGAGAUGCUACAGGGGGGACAUGCCCCAAGGGAGCAUACUGCCCUGAAGGAACUGGAGACCCUGUCAAGUGCCCACCAGGGUCCUUCACCAACGCUACAGGAAACACGCAAUUCAGCGAUUGCAGGUUGUGCUCUUCAGGUUUCUACUGUGACAGUUAUGGCCAGGAGAGUCCAACAGACUUGUGCAGUGAGGGUUACUACUGUCCAGAGGGCCAGAACACCAGCACACCCAUCUCCUACAUCUGCACACCCGGCCACUUCUGUGUCAAGGGGAGCAAGAUGGAGGAGGCUUGUGAAUCUGGGAAAUACCAAGAUGAAUUUGGCAAGGCAUCCUGCAAGGACUGCCCUGAAGGGUAUUACUGUGAUGGCACAAUCCAGAAUGACACAACUUGCAGUCAUGGAGUGCAGAACCCAUCGCCCUGCGAGCCAGGCAGCUACUGUCUACCAGGAACCAAGUUUGCCAAGGAGCACAGAUGUCCCAAUGGAACAUACAAUGACAUCUUGUACCUGAAGAAGAUUGAUGAGUGUACCCCAUGUCCUAGUGGGCAGUACUGUGGCCAGGAUGGCCUGUCCUCGCCGUCUGGCUUCUGUGAUGGAGGUUUUUACUGCCUGUCUGGUGCCUCUGUAGCAGCUCCUAUAGAUGGAGUCACAGGGAACAUCUGCCCCAAGGGAGCCUACUGCCCUGUGGGAUCUAAUGCCUCAACACUGUGCCCUCCAGGAACAUACAACCCUGUAGAAGGUCUUGAGUUCCUGCACCAAUGUAAGGGAUGUGAAGGUGGUCAGUACUGCCCAACAUCAGGUAUGGUGGCACCUGCUGGAAACUGUACAGAGGGAUACUACUGCUCAGGCAACUCAAGUUCAGCAACCCCGACCGACAACACCACAGGAAAUGAAUGUCCCGUUGGCCACUACUGUCCAGAAGGAACAGCCUAUCCCAUAGCCUGUGACCCAGGAACAUUCACAGAUGUCACCAAGACGAAAAAAUGCGAACUCUGUACACCUGGUCACUACUGCAUCACUGGUUCAAAUCCCGAUCCAUGUCCAGCCGGGUUCUACUGUCCCGAGGGCACUGGUUAUGUCUGGCAAUCCUGCCCAGCUGGAACCUUCGGCCAGUCAACCAGUCUGUCCACUCUUAGCCAGUGCUCGCAGUGUACUGGUGGAUUCUACUGUGAUGUGGCCAACCUGACUGCUGUGUCUGGACCUUGCGAUGCUGGCUACUAUUGUAAAUAUGGCUCCGAUUCCAAAUCCCCGACUGGUAAUGUCACAGGGGAUGCAGACGUCUGUCCAGUAGGCCACUACUGUGAACAGCAAACACAAGACCCUGUUCCUUGUCCUGCAGGAACCUUCAACAACCAGACCAUGAUCAAGGCUCUCUCUGAAUGCCAGGACUGUUUGCCAGGCUACUUCUGUGAUGUGCCUGGCCUGGAUUACCCAACAGGACUGUGUGAGGAAGGCUUCUACUGUGCUGGUGGCUCUAUCUCCUCCAGGCCGGCCACGGUCACUACCACCGGAGGACCCUGUCCUACUGGGACAUUCUGCAAGGAAGGAUCGAGCCAGCCCACGGACUGUCCUCCUGGGCACUACAAUAUCAAUGAGAUGCAGUCCAACUGCACAGCAUGUCCGGCAGGCUUCUACUGUGAAGCUGGGGCUCCAAACAAAACAAUAUGCCCCAAAGGAUACUAUUGUCCAGCGGCCACAGAAUUCGCACACCAGUUCCCCUGUGGAAACGGAACCUUCAACAAUCAGACCCAGGCCUCUACAUACGAUGCUUGCCAGAUAUGUCCAGUGGGUCACUAUUGUCCAGGAGAAGGCAACGAGGAGCCAGCAGGGCUGUGUGCAGGAGGCUGGUACUGUUCCCUGGGGUCAUGGACCGACAAACCCUCCAUCCUUGGCCUGGACUCAGGCAGUGAUUGCUCCUGCCCAGCGUCUAGCAUAGGAGGAAGGUGCAAUGCUGGUCAGUUCUGUCCCCCUGGGUCGGAGUCCCAGGAGUGCCUGCCUGGUCAUUAUUGUGAUGUCGAUGCCCUGUCCAACGUAACUGGUGAAUGUGAUGCUGGAUACUACUGCAACAUUAGUUCAACUUUGAAGAAUCCUGUGAAUGAGACCUUUGGAGAUAUAUGUCCAAAGGGCCACUAUUGUCCUAGAGCUAGUUCCUCACCUAUAGCAUGCCAAGAAGGAGAGUACAGUGACUGGUUCGGCAAUCACAACAUCAGCAGUUGUCUCCCUUGUACUGCUGGUAUGUACUGUGCUGGUCCUGGUCGGGACCUUCCUAAUGGUGACUGUGACGUAGGUUGGUUCUGCCCCGAAGGAAGCAUUCAGCCACAACCACCAGGAAAUAAAUGUCUUGCAGGUCAUAUGUGCCCACAAGGAAGUGGCGUUCAAACACCUUGUCCAUCAGGACAGUAUCAGCCAGAUCCAGAGAGAGGAGAGUGCUUGAUCUGCCAGGGAGGAACUUACUGUGAUCAGAAUGAGGCUAUCACUGAAGAGCAGAGUGGAGUUGGAGCGCCUUCUCAUGGAGUUGUAACCCCCAAGGUCUGCCCAGCCGGGUUCUACUGCCCCAAUGGCACCAUGACAGCACGACAGAAUCCUUGUCCUUUGGGAACAUACAGCAACACAACAGGUCUUGAGAGUCUUGGAGAAUGCAGGGACUGUCCAGCAGGGUUCUACUGUGAGGCAGAGAACAUCACUGAACCAACGGGGCAGUGUACAGCAGGAUACUACUGUGUUCUGAAAUCCACAUCGCCCACACCUGCACAGUCAGUAUCAGGAGGACCAUGUCCACAAGGAACCCACUGUGUACAAGGAUCAUCAUGGCCAGAACCAUGUCCCAAGGGAACAUUUGGUGAUAGGGACAAGCUCCCAUCUGAAGCUGAUUGUACCAUCUGCCCGCCAGGAGAAUUCUGCUCUCACUCCAGUUUGUCGGCCCCUAAUGGAUCAUGCCUUGCUGGUUACUAUUGUAGUAAUGCAUCAGAGGAAGCUAACCCAGUUGGUCAAGUUUAUGGAGACGAGUGUCCAGCCGGUUACUACUGCCCAGAACACAGCUACCAGCCAACAGCUUGUCCAGCCGGAACCUACCAGCCUCAUGCACGCAGAACCAAUAUGUCUGCUUGUAAUGCCUGUGAUCCAGGGAAGUAUUGCAACACUACCGGACUACCAGCUGUAUCUGGAGACUGCGAUGAAGGCUUUUACUGCACCUUGGGUGCCAGUUCGCCGGCUCCUUAUGAUGGUGUGACGGGCAACAUCUGUCCAGCAGGAUCCUACUGUCCUCUCGGCUCUCCACAACACUUCUUCUGUGCCAAUGGUACCUACACCAAUCACACGGGAGCGGCUGUAUGUUAUGACUGUCCUGAAGGUCAUUACUGUACCAACAGGGACCGAGCUGACCCCUGCCUGCCUGGCUACUACUGUCCAUACAAGACCGGGGCAGACCUUCAGCCUUGUCCAGCUGGCACCUACAACCCAGUUGAGGGGAUGAGCUCAGUCGGGCAGUGCACACAGUGUGAUGGUGGCAAGUUCUGUCAGACUCCUGCUCUGUCGGCUGUCAGUGGAGACUGUGCUGCUGGAUACUACUGCAGACUGGGUGUGGACACUGACAAGCCGUCCAGCAACCACACAGGUGAUGGUGGAGAGUGUCCCCUUGGCUACUACUGUCCAACAGGCACCACGGACCCCCUCUCCUGUCCACCUGGCACUUACAGUGACAGUCCCCUGCAACAGAACUGCACCAUGUGUCCCAAAGGCUACUACUGCCUGGAGAACUCCACCAGCUUCUCAGGUCAGCCAUGUCCAGAGGGCUACUACUGCCCUGCAGGCACGGCCAACCCCUACGAGAAGCCCUGUCCUAAAGGAUCCUACAACCCAGCCAGUGGCAGCGAUGGAGAGGAGGACUGCCUGGUCUGUCCACCUGGACAAUACUGUCAGAUUGAUGGUCUUGCUGCACCUUCUGGCAACUGCACAGCAGGCUGGUAUUGUACUGGAGGAGCCUACAUGGCAGAACCGGUGACAACCAUCAACGCCACCAGCCUCCCAGACUGCACCUGCCCUCUCACCAACUACACUGGUGGCAAGUGCUGGCCAGGCACCUACUGCCCCGAGGGAUCCCCCUACCCUGUGACCUGUGAUGGAGGGAUGUAUUGCAGCCUGUAUGGACUCACACAACCUGAAGGCCUCUGUAAUGCCGGCUACUACUGUAGUGGAGGAGCAGUGAGGCCAGACAUACCCUCCAACAUAUGUCCCACGGGAUUCUAUUGUGAGAAAGGUUCCUCCACACCCAGCCCCUGUCCAGCAGGCACGCUGUCCAACACCAGCGGUAACAUGAACAUCACCGACUGCAUCCUGUGUCCUCCUGGUUACUACUGCGCUGGCACUGCCAACAACUUCAGCACAGGGCCCUGCUCAGCUGGAUUCUACUGUCCUGCUGGCCAAAGCUCCCCUAAUCCUGUGGACUAUAACUGUACAACAGGCCACAAGUGUCCCGAGGGGACAGGCAAGCCAGUGAUGUGUCCCGCAGGGUUCUACCAGGACGAGACCCAGAUGAGCGACUGCAAGGACUGUCCUGCUGGAAAAUACUGUGACCCUGUAGAAGUAGCGAAUUCAACGGGUGACUCUGACAGUGGAGUGACGACUCCUGCCCCCUGUCCCCCAGGGUACUUCUGUCCCCUCAACACGGGGGUGAAGACAUCCAGCCCCUGCCCUACAGGUACAUACAGUAACGAGACUGAACUACAGACAGAUGCUGAGUGCAAGCCCUGCACUGGAGGAUUCUUCUGUGAAAAUCCAGGCUUGACCGAACCAACAGACAUGUGUGACUCUGGCUAUGUGUGUGUCAGUGGUUCCCAGACGGCUCGGCCCACCGAUGGCACCACUGGAGAUGUGUGUGAACUGGGUGCCUACUGCCCCAAGGGAUCUGACCAGGCUGUCAAGUGUCCCGCCGGCACCUUCAGUGACCGCACUGGACUGCAGAACAUCACCCAGUGCCAGGACUGUCCCCCCGGAGACUACUGCAACACUGAAGGCUUAACUCAGCCUGUUGGCAACUGCAGUGCAGGUCACUACUGCCCACUUGGGGCUGUGGAACAGAACCCCAUUGGUCAGACAUAUGGAGACUACUGCACCAGUGGCCACUACUGCCCAUCCGGAACAGGAAGCCCAAUACCCUGCCCAGCUGGAACCUACCUCCCCGACACUGGACACGACUCUGUGGACGACUGUAUUGACUGUCCAGGCGGCAAGUACUGUGAGCGUCAAGGACUCUCCAACUUCACAGGUGACUGUGAUGCUGGCUACUACUGCGAGGCAAAGGCUGUAUCCAACACGCCGACUGAUGGCGUCACCGGCAACAUCUGCCCGGUCGGAACAUACUGUCCAAUAGGAACACAUCUGCCUCUGUCUUGUGAAGAUGGCACGUACAUGAACCACACCAUGGCCAGUGCCUGUGACAUCUGUCCUCCCCGCUACUACUGCGUCAACAAAGACCGCCCAGACCCCUGCCCCAAGGGCCGGUACUGUGAGGGCAACACAGGGUUCAACAUGUCCCUGUGUCCAGCAGGAACCUACAACCCUGUAGAGAUGCUGAUGUCUGAGUCGGAGUGCACAGCGUGUGACCCGGGGCACUACUGUGAUACCCCAGGCCAGGUGAACGUGACCGGCAUGUGCUCCGCAGGCUACUACUGCCAGAGUGGGGUCAACACCGCCGCACCCAGUAACAACAACACAGGAUUUGGAGGAUGGUGCCCUACUGGCCACUACUGUCCUGAGGGUACAGUUGACCUGGGCUGUGCUGCUGGCACCUACACCGAUGUCACCCAUCAGGACACCUGCACCCCCUGCCAGCCAGGAUACUACUGUCUGACCAACUCAUCCACAUACCUCGACACACCAUGUCCAAAAGGUGCAUACUGUCCCAGCGGCACGAAGUCAGCAAGAGAGUUUGAGUGUCCUGCUGGUACCUACAACAAUAGAACAAUGGCUGAUGACAUGUUUGAUUGUCUGCCAUGUCCAGGAGGCAAGUACUGUGCUUGGGAUGGUCUGUCAGAGCCUACAGGGGACUGUGCACCAGGAUGGUUCUGUACUGGUGGAUCCUACACAGACAAACCCUCCCCUGUCGUCAACACCACUGACACAAGCACCUGCCCAAUCUACUCCCUCAACUUCACAGGAGGAAUCUGUACUCCAGGGACCUUCUGCCCUGUCGGCAGUCAGCAGGCACAGCAGUGCAGCCUGGGAAUGUACUGUGAGCUCCAUGCACUGGAGGCUCCCACAGGCAACUGUCAUUCUGGCUACUUCUGUAACGGCAGCGCCAUCGUGCCCGACCUGCCAUGUGCCAAGGGACACUACUGUCCAGAAGGAACUACAGUGCAAGAGGCAUGUCCACCUGGGACUUUCUCAGACCGCGAGGGCAACACCAACCUGACAGACUGCCUCGCCUGUACCGCCGGCCAGUACUGCCAGGAAUAUGGCCGUGCAGUGCCCAAUGGACCAUGUGACGAAGGCUACUUCUGCCCUGAGGGUCAACAGGUGCCCCGCCCAACCAACCUGGCCUGCAGUCCGGGACACUUCUGUCUGCAGGGCAGCUGGAACGAGAGUGGGUGCCCCUCAGGGAGCUACCAACAACACUGGCAGAAGAGUGACUGUGACGUCUGCCCAGCAGGAUCCUACUGCACAGCCAUUGGUGACUAUGAAUAUCUUGAUGACAACGUGACAUCCAGUGGCAACUACUCAGGUCGUUACCGUAGUUACCGAGGAGUUUCCAUACCAACGACCUGUCCACCAGGGUCGUACUGCCCCGAGGGCACGAAGUUCUUGACGGAGUUCCUGUGUCCGGCAGGCAGCUACAGCAACAGGACAGGACUGGCGGACUACACUCAGUGUUCUCCCUGCGAGCCUGGCAGAUACUGUGCUGGGGAAGGUAACACGGAGCCCAGUGGACUGUGUGCCUCAGGCUACUACUGUACCCACGGAGCCUACAAUGCCACGCCCACUGAUGGCUCCACCGGCGACAUCUGCCCACAGGGGCGGUUCUGUGUUAACGGCAGCAUCACAGGGGAGGGAUGUCCGGUGGGGACAUUCAGCAAUAGGACAGGGCUACAGGCCGACACAGACUGCACUGCAUGCUCACCGGGCUACUACUGUGGUCAGACUGGACUCACCCAGGAGUCCGGACACUGCUGGGCAGGCCACUACUGUAGCCUUGGAGCCGAGGAGCCAGCUCCUGUUGGGAAGACUUAUGGGGACUACUGCACAGCUGGACACUACUGUCCUAAUGGAACAUCCACCCCAGAACCCUGUCCCCCUGGAACCUUCCAGUAUGCCACUGGAACAGGCGACAUCGAUGAGUGCACCAAGUGUACUCCAGGUUCCUUCUGUGAGACAUAUGGCUUGGUGAACGUGACAGGGCCUUGUGAUCCAGGCUACUUCUGCACACUGGGAUCAAACACAACAUCACCUGUUGAUGGUGUCAUGGGUGCCAUCUGCCCCGAGGGACACUACUGCGAGGAAGGGUCUCCUGGCCCAACUCCAUGUGGCAAUGGAACCUUCAUGAACCACACUGGUGCCUCUGCCUGCUACAUCUGUCCUGAGGGAUACUACUGUGUCAACCGAGACCGAGCCGACAUCUGUCGCCAGGGAUACUACUGUCCUGAAGGUACUGGAGCUGACCUUCAACCAUGUCCUACAGGAACCUUCGGCAACACAACUGGUCUGUUUGAGGACAGUCAAUGCACACCAUGUACAGGUGGACACUACUGUGCAACCCCAGGAUCUCCCGACGUAGAUGGAGAGUGCCAGGCAGGUUACUACUGUGUGUACGGCGUUGACACGGCAACACCUGCCGAUGGUGGCAGUCACAAGGGGUCUGGAGCCGAAUGUCCAGUGGGCUCCUACUGCCCCAAGGGAUCCGCAAACCCCCUGCCCUGUGCCCCUGGCACCCAUACCAACACACAGAGAAAGGGCUCUUGUGACCAGUGUCCUGGCGGCUACUACUGCCUCAGCAACACCAGCGAUGCCACGGCGUUCCCCUGCCCCACGGGUCACUACUGUCCCCCGGGGACCGAGUACAGCACCCAGUACAAAUGUCAGGCAGGCACCUACAACCCGCUCACCACCAUGGACAGCUCUGGCGCCUGUCUGAUGUGCACCCCUGGCCUGUACUGUGAGGGUGAAGGGCUGGAGACACCAUCUGGCAACUGUAGUGAAGGCUGGUUCUGCUCAGGCGGUGCUGUCGAGUCCAAGCCAGUCACAAUCGGUAACUUCUCCAGUAUUGACAUGUGCCCAUGCCCCUCGUACAAUUACACCGGAGGCAAGUGCCAGCCGGGCACCUACUGUCCCCUCGGAUCUUCCAUACCUGUCAGUUGUGAGGCGGGAUGGUACUGUGAUAGCUACGAACUACCAGCCCCGAAAGCCAAGUGCGAUCCUGGCUACUUCUGUCCGACCGGCCAGAGUGUGGCCAACCCUGUUGACUUCGUGUGUUGGGCAGGCCACUACUGUGUUGAGGGGUCCCCAACCUCUGUACCAUGCCCCAUAGGACACUUCUCCAACUCCACCGGCAACAUCAACGUCACUGACUGCAAAGCCUGUACACCAGGCUUCUACUGUGACGGUACAGGCCUGGUUAAGGAGACCGGCCUGUGUGGGGCAGGCUACUACUGCCCUGAGGGUCAGACCACGAUGACCCCCCAUAGCCACAUGUGUCCUAAGGGCAUGUACUGCCCUGAAGGUAGUGCCCUCCCCAUCAGAUGUGAAAGAGGAACUUACCAGCCUUUUGAAGGGGAGCCAACGUGUGAGCCGUGCCCUUCCAGGAGUUACUGUGACCCUGGCAACUCCACCGUGGGCAUCAUCGACCCCGUUCCAUGUCCAGCUGGUUACUACUGCCCCACCGGGACCAAGUACAUGCAUGAGUUCCCCUGUCCCCCGGGAACCUACAGUCCCUUCGGGGACCUGGAGUCUCAGGGUGAAUGUACGAGCUGCGAGUUUGGCAAGUACUGUAAAACUCCUGGCCUGACUGAUGUGGAAGGCGACUGUCUGGCUGGAUAUUUCUGUGACCAAGGUGCCAACACCUCCACUCCCACUGACGGCAUCACUGGAGAUAUCUGCCCCAAGGGCAAGUACUGCCCUGUGGGUUCUGUUGAUGGUGACCCAUGCCCAGUGGGUACCUACAACAACCUGACCGGUCUGCGAGCAGCCAAUGAAUGUAUUCCAUGUGACCCAGGCCAGUACUGCCCCUCACCCGGGCUCAUCGUGCCCUAUGCCUACUGCACUGCAGGACACUACUGCGAAUACGGCUCCAAUGAACCCUCUCCCAGGAGUCAGUCCUAUGGCUACAACUGCCCAACUGGACACUACUGUCCUGAGGGAAUCACGGCUCCAGUGCCAUGUCCACAAGGAACAUACCAGCCUUCAGAAGGCAAACAGUCUGCAACCUCCUGUGUGGAUUGUGACGCGGGCAAGUACUGUCUGGAAGAAGGUAACAACACCGUCACCGGCGACUGCAUGGCAGGCUACUACUGCAUCAGAGGAGCCAAGUCUCCAAAUCCAACAGAUGGAACAACAGGAGCCAUCUGCACUGUCGGUCACUACUGCCCCAUUGGAUCUCACAUCCCCAUACAGUGUCCACCAGCCUUCUUCAUGAACCGCACCGGAGCAGCCGAGUGUGACCCCUGCCCCGAGGGCUACUACUGCACCGACGGGGCCAAGGCUGAACCCUGUCCGCAGGGCUACUACUGUCCCCAGGGGUCGGGCAGCAACUACAAGUCUUGUCCUGUGGGGACAUUUGGGGGCAGCGAGAGACUGAGCAAUGGGUCCCAGUGCACCCCCUGUACGGGUGGAUUCUACUGUGACAGUGAACACCUCACUGCCCCAUCCGGGCCAUGUAUCGCGGGAUACUAUUGUGUCACAGGUGUGAAUGUGGAGUCCCCCAGUAGCAGCGUGACCCACACAGGCGAGGGUGAUGUGUGCCCACCUGGCUUCGAGUGCCCCCUCAACUCCACCUACCCUGUGCCUUGCUUGCCAGGAACCUACUCCCCCAGUCAGGCUGUGCCAAGUUGUCUCCCCUGCCCAGCAGGGUCCUACUGCCUGAAUGAGACGGUGACCCCCAUCACCUGCCCAAUGGGCCACUACUGUACCGAGGGAACCAGCUUUGAUGUGGAGCAUCCAUGUCCAAAAGGAACUUACUACAAUGCUACAGGUGCAAAGGCUAAGAGUGACUGUCUGGACUGUCCGCCAGGAGAGUACUGUGAAGGCCUGGGUAACAUCAUACCAUCUGGACUGUGUGACCCUGGCUUCUUCUGUGCUGGGAAGUCCUUCCAGAUCCGCCCAUACGACCUCGGUAACCUCACCAAUGCAGGGGGAUCCAGCAGUGGCCUGUACUCCAAUGACACCUGUGCCCCCAUGUGGGACUGUGUAUGUCCUGACUUCGAGCUGACCAGUGGCGGUAUCUGCCCCAUGGGCUACUUCUGCCCACAAGGAACAUACAAGCCUCAGGCCUGCACCCCGGGCAUGUACUGCGAAACUCCAGGGCUGCCACUCCCAACAGGCAACUGCAGUGCAGGGUACUACUGUAAUGGCACCAGCGCCGUCCCCAACCAGUAUGUGUGUCCGGAGGGCAGCUACUGCAUUGUGGGAACUUCCGUCCCUGAACCAUGCCCUGCCGGAACAUUUGCCAACAAGACCGGAACAUCCAUGGUGGAGGAGUGCCUCAACUGCACAGGAGGCAUGUUCUGUCAAGGUCCUGGAGACAUCCGCCCAACUGACUUGUGUGACCCUGGUUUCUACUGCCCUGAGAGCCAGACCUCUCCUACCCCCUCUGACCUGGUGUGUUGGAAGGGUCACUAUUGUGAGCAGGGAUCAGCCAUUCCCACCAUGUGCCCUGGGGGGUCCUACCAACCCAGCUAUGGAGCAAGCACCUGUCUGCCCUGCCCUGAGGGAUUCUUCUGUAACAUGGCAACUGGGAAUGUCACCUACAUUGAUGGACACCCUGCAGUGUUCCCUGCUCCCUGUCCCCGUGGCUUCUACUGUCCCGAGGCAACUGACGCCUCCCAGACAUUCCCCUGCCCAAUCGGGACGUCCGGCCCACACGAGUACUACAGCAACGAAGGCAACUGCACCGAGUGCACCUCCGGCUUCUACUGUGAGAGGACCGGCCUGUCCACACCAACUGGAGAGUGUUACGCUGGAUAUUACUGCACAGGAGGGGCGUCUUCACCAACCCCCAUCUAUGAUAAGAUUGAUGAAAGCCAGGUUGCCAACUUCACUGGCAAUGAUGUCUGCCCAGUAGGGUACUUCUGUACCAAUGGCACUAGCUACCCCCAGCCCUGUCCCCUGGGGACGUUCUCCACCCAGAAGGAGGUGACUGGCCCUGAGGGAUGUGAGAAUUGCUGGCCUGGCAGAUACUGCAACCAGAAGGCCUAUGUCAUCAGCUCCGAGGCUCCGAAAUGCCAUGCAGGCUUCAUCUGUAUUGGCGGUAGCACCAUCCCGGAGCCAACGGAUGGUAUCCAGGGUUACGUGUGUCCAGCAGGCUUCUACUGUGAGGAGGGAGCUAUCACUGAAGUGGGUUGUUCUAUCGGAAGUUUCCAGCCCAGCGAGGGUCAGCACAACUGUACCCUGUGUCCAGCUGGUCAGAUGUGUCCUCGCAGCAAUAUGUCAGUCAGUGAGCCGUGCAAGAUGGGUGAGUAUUGUCUCAGUGCUUGUGAUCCCUGGAUUCCCGUGUCCCCAGGGACAUACAACAACAAAACAGAGAUGUUUGACGAGUCUCACUGCAUUGACUGUCCACCGGGACACUACUGUGCUGGCAACGGCAAUAUAGACCCAUCAGGUGAGUGUGAAGCUGGGUACUUCUGUGAGGGCGGUGCCAACAGCAGCGUGCCCACACCUACGCCGACCUACCAGAACAACGGGGUGUGUCCAGCAGGCCACUAUUGCCCCCAGGGCACCACCAUGAGGAUCCGCUGUCCAGCAGGAACCAUCAGGAACACUACAGGUCAGUCACAGCUGUGGUGGCGCGCUGCCUCCGACUGCCGACCCUGCCCAGGAGGCUUCUACUGUGAGUCCGAGGGACAGACUGAAGUCUCCGGCAUCUGUGCCACAGGCUACUACUGCCCAUCAAAUGACACCACCCUGGUGCCAGACCCCACCAACUUCGUGUGUCCAGUCGGCUACUUCUGUCCUGCAGGAUCUGCAGCUCCAACCCCCUGCCCAGCUGGUCAGUAUCAGCUGAACCAAGGAAUGGACUUCUGUGACCCAUGUCCAGCUGGGUCCUACUGUCAGAGCUCGGUGUCCGGUGAACGCAAGGACUGUCCUGAAUACCACUACUGUCCAGAAGGCACUGCAUACCCAAUACCUUGUGGCAAUGGCACCUUCACCUACGACAACAUGACCAAACUAAGGUCACAGAGUGACUGUCUGGCAUGUGAAACAGGACAAUAUUGCAGGAAUGGACAGCUCUAUGGCAACUGUACAGCAGGCUAUUAUUGCAAGUCUGGUUCCCCUAAAACCAUGCCCAACGAAACUCUGGACUAUGAUGCCUGUGUGUCCGAUGAUCCUUGUGCUGGCUUCUGUCCACGGGGGUUCUACUGCCUUGAGGGGACGCUGUACCCAACGCCAUGCCCAGCAGACACCUACAGAGACACUGUUGGUGCUGCCCAGGAGAGUGAUUGCGCACCUUGUCCUGCUGGCUUCCUGUGUCCUGAAGGUUCUGCUGACCCAGAUCCAUGCCCCAUUGGCUUCUACUGCACCCUGGGUAAUGGAACAACACCCUGUCCUCGCCUCACUUUCCGCAACAUCACAGGGGCCAAGGUCAUCACCGAGUGUUUCCCAUGUCCAGCCGGCUUCUGGUGCAACCAUACAGGUAUGGCUGAUUAUUCCGACUACCUUUGUCCACCUGGUUUCUUCUGUCUGGAAGGAGAUGAGCCUCGUCUGUGUCCUGCUGGCCGGAUGAAGGCCCUGCCAGGUGUUGAUGCUCCUGAGAACUGCGACCAGUGCCGAUCAGGCUACUAUUGCCCGAAUGACACAGCCAACACGAUGGGCAUCCCUUGCAGGGAGACGUACGAAUGUCCAGAGGGAGCUUCUAUUGAGAUCGACUGCCGACCUGGUCACUAUUGUAAUGGAACAACUGGAUUGCCUCCCUUGUGUUGGCCUGGUUUCUACUGUCCAGCCGGAACAGAUACCCCGAUUCUGUGCGAGUAUCCAUUCUACUGCCCCGAGGGAAGCAACAUGACUUUAACAUGUCCUCUUGGGCACAUGGCAGAGAUUCACUCAGGAAUCAGAUACGACUAUUCCCGAUCUUGUCGCAUCUGUCCCGCAGGUUACUAUGGCAACUAUACGGACAGACGGCAGUGUGACCUGUGUCCAGGCGGCUACUACUGCCCAAUGGGAACCGGCCAUGGCACAAGCAAUCCCUGCCCAAUAGGAUCAUACUGCCCACCAGGAUCAGCUCAACCCACCCAAUGUCCAGUAGGAAUGUACGGCAAGCUGGCAAGAGCAGAUGAGUAUGGUGACUGCUUUCCUUGCCCUGUAAACACCUACAACAAUAUCCUGGGUCAGAAGGCGUGUCGACCUUGUGGUAGUUCCUCCACAGCUCCUAUGGGCAGUGCUGAAUGUAUUUGUAACGGCUUGUACAGAUCCUUCCAGGAGUCGGAUGGGUCCUGUACGUGUCUCUCUGGCUUCAUCUACUACGAUGAAGUUGACAUGCAAAACUCUCUGAGCAAUAGUAACGAGGACUGUCAGCAGAUUGUCGAUGUCCGGUGCUCCCAGUACGAGACCCGUCAUGCCAGUACUAGAGGGUGCGUGAUUCCGGAAUCAUAUGACUGCAGCGCAGCCUGUCCUGACAGUAAUGGCGCUUUCGAUGUAGACCUGGGAAGAUGCCAGUGUAACGUGUACACUGAUUCAGACGAGAUCUGUAACCAGCAGUGUCGCCAGUCAGAAGCUCCAGUCAUCACUGGGGAACUCACGGCAGACGGCUUCAUUCAAGUGACUGUUGUUGAUCCCUUGUCUGGAAAUGUCACCAUCACGGCUCUUCGUGACACAUAUGGGCCCCUGGAAACAAGUGUUGGGCCAAAGACUAUAAUUGUUGCAACCAUGUUCUCCGACCGAGUGACGGCCACGUUGUUCAGGGACGCAUCGGAGGCUGCAGAUCUGUUCAAAACACCACAAGAGGUGCUUGCUGGCAUUAUUUCCGGCAGAAGACGUCUCCUAGCAACUAUUGUCCCAACCAAUCAGAUCCCUAACCCAGCAAUCUGUCUGGAACUGGAUGACAUGGUGAUGUUUAAGAUCUGGCUGAAUGACACUGACCGCACCAAGAGCCACUACCCAGUGUACCAGAAAGACCAUCUCUCCAACACUAACCCGACCUUUGACUACGGUGCCUUCACGCAGAUGGCCAGUUUGGUCACCAACACUAAUGUCACGGUCACUACUUUCGCCCAUGUCUUCACCGAGGCUGGAGUAUUUGUGUUCCGUGACUCACAGGAGCCAGACAGUGAGAUUAUCAUAACCGUUAAAGCUGCUGGCACCACCUGUCCCAACGGCGUGUCUCGUAUCCUGCCAUCGACGCCAGCCAACAUCGCCGCUAUGGGAGUGUACAAGCAGAGUGUUGCCAACGAGGCACCCGACUGGGGACUUAUUAUCGGUCUAAUCGCAUUUUUCGGAGCAUGUGUGGUGCUCCUGAUUGUGGCUGUGUUGGUGUGGAAACCAAGGGACUCGAUUAUCUAUCCCAUGAAACACUGGAAGCCUAAAUAUCGCAGCUUGGGAGCACCACCUCCCGUGCCAUCUUAUAUGCGAUAUGAUGUGGACCACUGGCCAGAGAAAUGUGGUGGUGGUCAUCUUGGACCUCGACCAAAUGGAGAUGGAGCUGAAGCUUCAUCAGCAUCUUCAAUGGAUUUCCACAAAGACCAAGAACUGGAAGACUUUAAUGUGCGGGUUCUGUACGACAAGCUGGAGGACCAGAACCUUCAUAUGGCAUCACAGUUGGCACGACAACAAGAGGACCUGCGAGGAUUCUACAGCCGAAUCUGUGCCCAGAAUGAUGAACUGAAAAAACUUCUGAACAACCUUGACCCUGACAAACUGGCUGAUCUUGAACGACGCCAACAGAAUCGUGGCAAAAUGGAGAGAGAAGGCCUACAGCAAGGUGCUAGUGAUGGCCCCACAGUGGUCAAUGCUAAUGUCAACAUGGGAGGCCACAACAAAUACAGAUUUGGCCAGACACGUGAGUCUGAGCUGAUGGCAGCGCUGCAGUUACUGUUGGACAAGCUGAACUCCGGCAACAUUCCGAUGUCACGGGAGAUGUGGGAGAAGAUGCAGCGAGGGGAGGCGGGCGACUCCACCUCCAAGUUCAACAUCAACAGAACAGGAGGAGCACAGACGACACAGGAUCAGGCGGAAUUGCUUCGGCGCCAGAAUGGAGAGAAGAUGGAACUGGAGCGUGACCUUGAGAAGGAUGAGAAGGAAGCUCUGGAUGGUGUUCUGCAGGACCAGGAUGCCAAGAGACGUGGCAUCAUGGAUGGCCUGGGCCAGGCGCUGGCUGUCAAGUUGCAGGGUGACCUGAAGGACUCAGAGGUCAAGGACAUCUUGUCAAAGCAUGAUCACGACCUUGAGGUUGCACUUGCUGCCCACAACAAGGAGAAGGACAGAUACUUGGAUGGUCUGCGGCAUAAACUUGCAGAACGGCGUAAACAAAGGGAGAGCAUGCUCCGAGAAAAACAUCAGAGGGAGGCAGAGCAAGCUGGUUUGCCCAAGCCUGUAGUUGGUGCAGAUGACCUUGACAUUAAACUGAAGACAGAACAGGAGUUGAUGAACACGCUGCAUUCAGAGGAGAUGGCUGGAUCAGCCAAGUCUGAGUCAGAUGCUGUGCCGGCCAUCUCUGACAUUCAUCGAAAGAAGAUGUCAAAGGGAAUUAAACAAAAACUUAAAUCGCUGGGUGAUGAGAAGCUGGUGCAGGAGGAGCUAGUUGACCGUCUGCUGCAGUCCCAGCUUCAGCAGGAGGCAGAACUGCAGCAGAAGAUGAGGAACCGGCAACAGCAGCAAAUGGAAGCCACUCGUAGGAAGAUGGCAGACCGGCGCCGACAGAGACUAAACAAUCUGAGAGACAAACAAGAGAAGGAAAUGGCAGAGUUGUCGACCAAGGUGAUCCAAGAUGGUAACCCAGAGCAACUGGACCGACUGAAGAAAUCCCUAGAUGAUCAGCAUCGUCAGGAGCGUGAGGCUGCGGAGGCCGAACUGGAUGCCCAGGAGAAUGAGCAGAUCAGACAAGCUACUCUAGCCAUAGAUGAAGACCACACAGUUUCACUCAAAGACAUUCACAGAGACAUUUUGAAACAGAUCAACAAGCAGACAUUGCCUGGUCAGGAGCUGGCUGUCCAGAGGAUGUUGGAGGACUACAAGCAAGAACUGUCAUCUCUGGAUGCUGAGAUGACCAGUGAGAAGAACAGGCAGCUCAGUGAUUUGCAGGGGAAAAUAGCUGCACGUCGUGCUCGUCGAUUGAGGGAUGCACAGCGAAGGAUGGAGGAGAGAGCAGCUCAGAAGUUUGUAGAGGAGCAGACUCUCCAGAUGAAGCAAGCGGGCUCUGGGACAGGAGAAAUGCCUGGAGCGGACCUCCAUCACAUGCCAGAAGUCAAGUAUGGAGAGUCCAUCCAGGAACAGGCACUCAAGAAGGAACAGCAACGUGCCAAGGAGGAGCUGCGGAAACGGCAAAAGCAGGAUCGUGAGCAGCUGGCAAACAAGCUGGAGCAGGAGGCAACAGGCCAGGAACAGGACCUGAGAAACAGCCUUGACAUGGAGAGGGAGAAGAUCCUCCGUGAGAGAAAGAACAAGUUGGCAGCCGAGGCAGCUGCUCGGUCCGACCUGAGCCAAGAACAGCUUGCUGCACUGCUGGCCUCACACCAACAGGAGUUGGAUGACCUGGCAGACCGUCUGGACACAGAGCGCGACCGCCAACAGCUUGCAAUGAGGGAGAAGAUGGCGCACAGACGUAAGCGUAAGAUGGAUCAGCUGAGACGCAAACAGGAGGCCGAGAUGACACAGGAGAUGCUGGAACAGAAGAAGGAAGUGGAUGAGAUCAAACUGAAACAGGCAAAGGCUGUUGAGCAGAAGGCAAUCGAGGAGGGAAUCCGACAGAAUGGCCAGGAGGACAGUGACAAGGUCAUCAAGGCUGUUCUAGCCAACAGACAUGCUCAGGAGCUGCGUGACUUGGAGAGUCAGUUUGCGGCCCAGAAGAAGGUGAUAGUUGAUGGAGCUCUGAGCAAGCUACACGACAAGUACGACAAUGAGAGGGAUGUCAUGUUGAAACGACACCAGGACGAGCUCAAUGAGCUUCAGAAUCAAGGUCUGGGCCCCCAGGAGCUACAGGACCGUCGAGCUGAUCUACUGAAUCGCCAACAGAUGGAGUUGUCUGACCUUGACCGCCGAUUGGCCGCAGAUGAGAAAGAGAUUGAACGUGGAGCUCUUGCUGACUGGGAGGUUCAGUUUGCUCGGGCACAGCUUGAACUGAAGGAGAAGCACUACAAGGAGUUUGCUGAGGCCUUGAAGAGAUACUCCCCAGAGAAUGAGGAUGCAGGUCAGGCUGAGAUGGCUGCUGAGGAGCUGGAGGAAGUGAAACAGAGGCUGGAUGAGCAGCGAAGGGAACAAGAGGAACGUCUCAAGAAGGAGCAGAAGGAGUUUGAGAAAGCAGAGAAGAAGCGACUGGAUUCUGAAAUGGAGGAGUAUGCUCGACAGCUGGAGGAGGAUACAAAGCGAGACAAGGAGAAACAUGAGAAGAACAUCCAAUCCCUCAACAAGAGGAAAGAUGAUCUGGUGAAAGAACGCAAGCAGAAGAUGCAGGAGGAGCUGGAACGUCUGAAGACCGAAGGCGCCAGCAAGAGUGAGCAAGAACGUAUCAUGCAGCAGCAUGAUAGGGACCUGCAGUCUCUCCUCAACAAGAUGGAGGCAGACAGACUGAGGAUGAACACCAGCCUCCAGGAGAGGAUCAGGAAGAGGAAAGAGGAGAAGCUGAAGAAGAAGCAGGAGGAGGUGAAGGACAAUCUCCGCGAGGAGAAGCUCGACCUUGAGUCCCGACAGAGGAGUGAAAGGGACAGACUCAAGGCUGAUGAAAUGCUUACUCUGCAAGAGACACUGAACAUCGACCUGUUGAGCAGACAGGACCCAGUGGGUAGUUCCGCACCAGCUCCACAGGAAGUCACCCCUCUGACCUCUGCCCCUGCUAGCCAGCCUGAGGCACUUCCUGAAACAUACAACAUGGCUGCACCCCUGAAUGAGGCUGAGUUGAUGAGUCUGCUGAUGGCGUCGCCGCUGUACAAGAAGCUGGAAUCCAUGAAGCAAACCCUGGCUAAUGGCGCUAACUCCUCCACACCAACUGCAGGAGACUCCUCCUUGGAUUCGAGAGAUGCAGACUGGGCGAAUGACAAGGAACUACAACCAGUUGACCUGAACAAGGUCACCUCAAGGUCUUUCAUUGUGUACAAGUUCGGCUGCUUCAUAGCUGACCUAGUAGGUCGCCAUUGUCAUCAUGCUCCAGUCACCAUCCUGCUGGCGGACAAGAUCCCAGCCAAUGAACAUCUCACUGGAAACCUAUACCGCAACUCAUUCCACUUCGAUGCCAACAACCGUAUUCUGUACCUUCGCUCAGCCCGUCUGGACUCUGUGGGAGAGUUUGUCUUGGUGAUGGUGCACUGUCUUGCCCAUAUCAAGUCAGGUGACCUACGAGAUGAUGCUAAUCCAGCGUUCGUGAAGGAAUACCAACGGGCUCUCACUGUCAUAUGUGACGACCUGUUCUUUGCCCGCUUCAACCGAUCAUCCUCUGCUCUGUCCAAGCCCAACGCCAGCAGUGACCAGGCUGCAGAAAAGCUGCUUCAGAACCUGUUCAACAACCACCACAAUGAGGAUGGCAAGUCCAGGGUUGUGGAGGAUCUCCUGGAUGUGAAGCUUCUCCCCACUGUAGACUCCCAGGGUUUGCGGUUCACACAGGACAGGAUUGAAGACAGACUUUCCAAGUAUUCGAACUUUUCGAUGACAAACAAGCUGCAAAGCAUGCUGGGAGGUGUGAGUGACAAGAUGGUCCAGGCAGAAGCCCAAGGAGCCACCCCAGCAGUCAACAGAAGGAUCGGGGAACUCAGCCAGAAGUACUCCACCACUGGCACAACAGUGCUGACUAGGCAUGUUCCGCCAAGCUUCGUGGUGGCCAACAUGACAGGCACUGCCCUCUACAAUACAGUCUUCAAUAGCAUUGGCAAUCAAGGGGAGACUACUUCUACCACGGAAGACACCAAAGAAAAUACUCAGGACAAGUAUGACAAUCUCUGUGCUGACUUUGCUGAGGUCAACCAAAACAUCCUGAAGGUCAGUGAAACUAUCGGAGCCCUGGAGACAGAAGUUACAGCAGAGAUGGACCUUGCUGAGAAAGGAGGAAGCAAGGAUCGGGGCAAACAUGACAACCUCCGCAAAGCUGCGGCUGGGAAACUUACCCAGGCCAAAUCAGACCUUGCAAAACUAGAACUGGACAAGAAACGGAUUCUUGACCUGAUGAAUGACAACGAACCACAUCCAGACCCAGAUGCUGAACAAUAAUCCUUCCACACAGCAUACAUGUUGGUCAGAUAGGUCUACAAUUCAGAUAAAUCGUCUAUAAAUGGCAUCAUUGAUUUAUCUUAUGGUAAUUGUUCAAGAAAAAUAACAUAUGCCUUGAUAUGUGUUCUUGAAAUGAAGUGACUGUCAUAAUUAUGAAAUGUCUACAGAAGAAGAGAAGUCAUGUCGAAUCCUGUGUGAAAUUGUAUAUGUGCAUAUUUAUAUUGGAACAUGAGACUGUGAUAAGCCACUGUGAUAUCUAUGUGUACAUUCUUUAAUGUUAUGUUCAUGUUAAAACUCUGUCAGCAUUAUACGUUUAUAUUUAUAUGAUUAAAUUCAGCCUUGUUUCUGGUGACAAAGACACUUUAGUCGAAUGGUUUAUUGAAUCACUUUGUUUGAAUUUGGUUUCAAUCAUGGCAUCUUUACUUAAAGGUCCAGCAUUACAAUAUAUACAAUACUAGCAGUAGGAUGACAAAUCUGAUAUAUGCAAUCAUUUGUACAAACUUUAAUCUACAUGUUGAUCUGACAGAAUCAAAAAUUAUAUAAUUACCUCAGACUUUGCAUUUUAUACUUUUUUUAAAUGUCAUUAUUAUUAUUAUAAUAUUCGCAGUUUUGUUUGAAAUAUGUGAAAUCCUAAAGUAAUUCCUGCAUAGUGGCACAGGUACUAUCACCUUGAUUAUCAAAGGCUGUCAAAGAUUUCACAUGCUAAUAUGUUUUAUUAUAUGUCUACACAGAUCAUUUAUGUAUUGUUUGUUCUUAAUUUCUACUUUAUUUAUUGUAUCGACUAAUAAACAAUGUAAUGUUAUUUCGUGAAGCAGAACCAGGUGUCUCUGUAUUAGACACCCACUCCGUCCACUUUGUUUUGCUUAUGGGCUGGUUUAUGUCGCCUUUUUUAUUGAGAUGAUCUUUUUGUAAUAAUAAUGUUUACAUAUCAUUUACAGUAUUGAUACAGAUAUAUAAAAAUGUGAAGUAAAA